CUCUGCUGGCCUCUGCUGGCACCAUGCAUGCAGGUAGUAUACAUAUACACACACGCAGGCAAAGCACUGAUACACGUUAACAAAUGUGUAUGAGCUGGAGACAGAGCUCAGUUGGUGGAGUGCUUGCUUAGUUUUUGCAAAGGCAUGGCACCACAUAAAAGGUGUGGUGCUGAGCAGUCCCAGUACUCAUUAGAAGGUGGUGGAAGAUGGAUGAUCAGAAGUUCAAGGUCAUUUUCAGGCUCUUAAAGUUCAGUGGCAGUCUAGGAUUAAUGAAUGAGUCCUGACUCAACAAACAAACAAUCAAAAGAAACCCCAAAAAACAACAACAAAAAACCCCAGCCAUGGCUAAAUGCCCUGAAACUAUUAAGAGAAAAUUAAAGGCAUUAAUACUGUUUUCUUCCAUAUAGAUAAUAGCUAUUUAAGCUUUCUGCCAAAAAUGGGCUUAGUGUACAAUUUAGAAAGUGUAGGUUGUAUUUUUGUUCUUAAAGAUGUUUAUUGUAGUCUAGUAUUAAAAUUAGGUGGAAGUAAUUGAAUACAGUAAAGGUGGGCAAGUGAUUGGAGAGUUGAAGUUGUUGAAAGUGGGUAAAACCCAUUGUAUUGGAGACACUCACUGCCAGUUUUUGGUUGUAUUUGAAGGUUGUCCUAAAGCAUGAUGUAAUACCAGCGGAAACCUUUGAAGCUUCAGCUGACACCAUUCAGGGCUGAAGUGCAUAGGACUUUAUGGGGCAAGGGCAAUGCUUGUUUAAAAACAAGGCAAGCUACUCCAGAUUAAUGAGGCCAGUUAAAAUUUUCCCAGAGUGGAAUGAGAAUAUAAUCUCAAUUUGGAGGUAGAAGUAGAGUCUUAUGUGUCCUGAGUGUGUUUAUGAUUCUUACUGCACUGGAAGGGGGUGCUUGAAAUAGGCUGGCACACAAGUGGCAGAGUUAGAAUUGAGGAAAAUAGUAGCUGAGGCCUGUAAGUAUUGAGUGAGUUGGGGAGAAUGUCUUUCAUUCCAUGCAAACUUGAGAAUUCAUAGGAUGAAGUUGACUUUAGGAGUGCUUGCCUGGCUGCACACUUGACUUAGUCCCUGUAUGUUUCCUACCCUGGAGCCUUUAGAAAGCACUGAGAUCCUGAUCUCCGGAAACAUGUUCUACCAGACUUCAGUGCUGCCAAGUGCACAGGCUUCAUGUUGCGGGUGGUGCCUGCCAGAGCUGCUCAGGUGGUCUGUGGGGCGGGGCUUGGGGCAAAGUCCGCCCCUUCGCUAUGCCUGCCAGGUGUUGGAGCCCAAGCAGCAGAGCCGCAGGCUGCCUUCUGCUGACCACCCAGUUUAGAGUUCAUUGGAGGUGUUGUCCCUCCUGGGGACAGGCCACCCUUGAGCUACUUUAAGACUGAAUGGAAGUGAGCAGCCUUCUAAGCUUAGGAGCCAAGGGCCUACGAGGGUCCUCUGGUGCAGGCUGGCUUUGUGGAUUGCAGGAACCUGACGCCUCGCUUCUCAUGACCUGGAAGCCGCCUGCACCCUUUCUGCAUUCCUGGAAGGGAUUCCUGCUCACAUGCUUGCCAACAGUUAGGACCAGGACCAGGAAGAGGAAAGAAAUGAGCCGUCAGACUGCUACAGCAUUACCCACUGGCACAUCAAAGUGUCCGCCAUCCCAGAGGGUACCUGCCCUGACUGGCACAACUGCAUCCAACAAUGACUUGGCGAGUCUUUUUGAGUGUCCUGUGUGCUUUGACUAUGUGUUGCCACCCAUUCUUCAGUGUCAAAGUGGCCAUCUUGUUUGUAGCAACUGUCGCCCCAAACUCACAUGUUGUCCAACCUGCCGGGGCCCAUUGGGAUCCAUUCGCAACUUGGCUAUGGAGAAAGUGGCCAAUUCAGUACUUUUCCCUUGUAAAUAUGCCUCUUCUGGAUGUGAAAUAACUCUGCCGCACACAGAAAAGGCAGAGCAUGAGGAGCUCUGUGAGUUCAGGCCUUACUCCUGCCCCUGCCCUGGUGCUUCCUGUAAGUGGCAAGGCUCCUUGGAUGCUGUCAUGCCCCACCUGAUGCAUCAGCACAAGUCCAUUACAACCCUGCAAGGAGAAGACAUAGUUUUCCUUGCUACAGACAUUAACCUUCCUGGUGCUGUUGACUGGGUGAUGAUGCAGUCUUGUUUUGGCUUUCAUUUCAUGUUAGUCUUGGAGAAACAGGAAAAAUACGAUGGUCACCAGCAGUUCUUCGCAAUUGUACAGCUGAUAGGAACACGCAAGCAAGCUGAAAAUUUUGCUUAUCGACUUGAGCUAAAUGGUCAUAGGCGGCGAUUGACUUGGGAAGCGACUCCUCGAUCUAUUCAUGAGGGAAUUGCAACAGCCAUUAUGAAUAGUGACUGCCUAGUGUUUGACACCAGCAUUGCACAGCUUUUUGCAGAAAAUGGCAAUUUAGGCAUCAAUGUAACUAUUUCCAUGUGUUGAAACGGCAAUCAAAUAUUUCUGGCCAGUGUUUAAAAUUUGCAUUUGACUUCACAGAGAAUAAGGCACCCAUCUGCUUGCCAACCUAAAACUCUCCUGGUAGGUAGAAGCUAGACACAUGAAGGUAAAUAAAAAGAAAGGCUGUUAAUACAGGAAACAGUUGCAUGUAGUAACACUAAUAUAUUUAAAAAUAAUUCAACAGUAAACCACUGAAAAAAAUAUAUAUAUACCCAAGAUGGGCAUCUUUUGUAUUAAGAAAGGAAACAUUGUAAAAUAUUUCUGAACUUUGUGUUUGUUGUAGAUUGAUUGUAUUGUUGACAACAAUUUUUUGGGGGGUGUGUGUCUGUGCACACAUGCGUGCACAUGUGUGGUUGGUUUUCCUUUAACUGACAAGCCAUCUGCGUGGUCAUAGACCACUGCUUUCCCCUUGUGAGUCAAUACAUAGUGCUGCUGUGUUUUUUGUUUUGUUGGGUUUUUUCUCCUUUUUUUUGUGUGUGUGUAUUUGCUAAUUUUUAUUCUAGUUUUUCAUGAAAUAAAUUUGACUUUCUUUUCUGU